CUCACCGGCUGCUACAAUCCAAGAUGUCGGCUGUGUUCCCCAUGUGUGUCCGAGCGAGUCACGGCCUCCUGAGGCUCAGCAACGGAGCGGUAGGUGCUUCCAGGCUGGCAGCGAUGGAUAUCAUCCGGACACUCUCCACAGACGAGCCGUCUGGCGGACCGCGCGGCGCGACGAGCGGACUAGCUCAGGCUAUCCUCCAGGAGCGACUCCAGCAGCACCAGAGCCAGGGCCAGCCACCUACAGAAGAAGGUCAGAGCAAGAAGGAAGGAGAGCAAACAGAUGACAAGAAACAGAAGGAGAACAUGGCCUAUGCAAAAAAAAUGGUGCUGCGGUUGGCGGGACUCCUAGGCCUUGGCGGAGCGGUCAGCGUUGUCUACAUCUUUGGAACAAAUUCAGUGGAUGAGCAAGGAAACAAGAUUCCUGAUGAGUUCGAUAAAGAACCUCCGGGUGUCCGACAGUUAAAGAGAACUUAUAAAUACUUCCAGGACUACAGACAGAUGAUCAUUGAGCCAACAAGCCCGAAGCUGCUGCCCGACCCGCUGAAGGAGCCGUACUACCAGCCGCCGUACACGCUGGUUCUGGAGCUGACCGACGUGCUGCUGCACCCGGAGUGGUCGCUGUCCACAGGUUGGCGCUUUAAGAAACGUCCUGGCAUCGACUACCUGUUCCAGCAGCUGGCGCCACUCUACGAGAUUGUGAUCUUCACUGCUGAGACCGGCAUGACGGCGUAUCCUCUGAUCGACAGCAUCGACCCGCAGGGCUUCGUCAUGUAUCGUCUCUUCAGAGACGCCACGCGGUACAUGGAGGGACAUCACGUGAAGGACGUUUCCUGUCUGAACCGAGACACCAGUAAAGUCAUCGUGGUGGACUGUAAACGGGAGGCGUUCCAGCUGCAGCCGUUUAACGGCCUGGCGCUGAAGAAAUGGGACGGGAACUCCGAUGACCGCUCGCUUUAUGACCUCGCCAACUUCCUCAAGACCAUCGCUCUGAGCGGCGUGGAGGAUGUCCGGAUCGUUUUGGAGAACUACGCCCUGGAGGAGGACCCCAUCGAGGCCUUCAAACGCAGACAGGCUCAGCUGGCGCAGCAGGAGGAGGAUCAGCGUCUGGCAGAACUCUCCCAGCAGAAGAAACAAGGACUCUCCCUUGGCUCCAUCACCUCACGGUUCUGGCGUUCCAAACAGCAAUGAGGCUCCGCCUCCUCAGACCCUCACCCACACACUUCUACCAAUCACAGCUCAGAGUGGAGGGUUGGGGCCUGUGUACCAUGGCUGAGCAGCCUCCGCCAUCUUGGGUCUGCCAUGCUGUAUACGGAGCAUGGAGAUUGGUCGGCUCUGCUCCAAUCAGAAAGAGAUGGACUUCCUGGUUUGGUGGGGGCAGAGUGUUGACUGGCCCCGCCCCCAGUCAUCUUGGUGUCACCUGGUAGUUUUUCAGGCUGCUGGAUGGUGGUUGGAGGCUGAUCCAGGACCAGCUCUGGGCUCCUGAGUCCGAUUCUGGAUGGAUGGGAACGUUGUUUACACGUCUGUUAUUCAUCCUAAAACCCCCGGCUGACCCGAUGAGGCUCGGAACCAGAACCAGAGAGCAGGGCGUUUGGGUCGGUUGACCUCCACAGUCAUACAGAUGUUUAUUCCUCACAAAGACUUAAGUUAUUCUGCUGUUCUCCCCAGAACCAGAACCGGUUGUCUCCGUGUUUGUGAAAGCCUCUCCUGUUUAAUAAAGGACUGAAGUCA